AGUUGCUCUAUCGGGCUUCCUCUGGCCUCCUGGCGUGAGAGGUACCUGGGUGCCGGGGAAAGCUGGGGAGUUCGUUUUUCUGUCACCAGCAGUUGAAGCAGAUGUCUUGGCUGCGCCGGAAGUGCCAUUGCAUCUGGGGCUAAAUGAGGAGCAAUAUUAGUGGUGAAAUAAAGCAUUGACCCUUAGACGUGCCUCUGCCUCCACGAAGUGCCAGGUGACGAGUAUUUCUGGAGUUAUCUCAACUGCUACUUUGAUAAAAUGUUCUGCUUCCCUCGGGUGUGUGCCACGGAAGACAUGGAGAGCCGGGAUGAAAAGCUUCCAAAAUUUAUUGGUAGUUCCCAGAUCCCUGAGACAGGAUGGGAUAGACUCCGGGAACUAUUCCAUCGAGACGAGAUGAAGAAUUACCCGGAGGAAGUCAUCCAUAUCUGGAAGAGCGCUGUUGUCGCUGGAUUUGUUGGGAUGGUGUAUGGUGGUAUUCCUGCAGCUCGACAUGCUAAAAUCCGUUACAUUGAACAGAGCCAGGCUGAGGUGUACAGAAAUCGCUUGGAAGCUGUGAGGUCGGCACAGGAUGCUGCUGUCCGAGGUUUCAUCCGUUAUGGAUGGCGGUGGAGCUGGAGGGUGACUGCAUUUGUCACGAUUUUCAAUACAGUUAGCAUGGGUCUAUCGGUGUAUCAUGAUCAGAAUCUCCUGAGGUACUAUUCUGCAGCUGGAGCAAUCGCAGGAGGACUAUUCCGGAUGAAUCUUGGACUGGGUGGAUUUUUAGCUGGUUCAGCCAUUGGCGCUGUAAUGGGGAUACCAGCUGGGGCUUUGAUCCUGGGAAUUCAAAAAGUUAAUGGAGAGAGCCUGCGGGAAAGGAAACAUAGACAACGUCAAGAAAAUUAUAAACUUAAGUUGGAAGAAUGGAGAGCCAGACUUAAUGUGACGGAAGAUUUAGUACAUGAAAUUGCUGGAAAAGAUUCAGUGGAAAAUGAUUUGGAGAAAUUGGAGGAGUUAUUGAAGCAGCCCAGAAAUCCCAGUUCAUCUGUUCAAGAGAAAAGCUGACUCAUUUAAAGAAUUAAGAAGAGUGUUUGUAACAGAUACCAAAAUUCAAAUGACUUUUUAAAAAAAAAGAUAUUGAAUAUAUCCAAGGCACUCACAAUAGUGAUAUUCUUGGCUUGUUGGAGGACAAUGGAGUCCCAGGACUAGAUUUAAAGGGAUUGAUAUGUGAAAUGACUGUACAAGCUACAAAUCUCAUGACUGUGAAUAUACUGGACCCGGUGAAGAUCCAUGUUACCUUCUGUUAGUAUUCUGCCAUGUUUCAUACAAGAAAUCUGCACCUGGUUUAGUAUUCAUCAGAAGAUUAGCUAAAGGUGACUAUCUUCCUUUCCAUAAGAAAGCAGUGGCCAUUUCGCAAGCUUGUCCCUCAAAUGUAUGAUCAAGAUGGAUCAGCACACUGUAACUCCUGAAUACUACCUCACAAUUCAGGUUGUACAGUGCCUAUAAAAAGUAUUCACCCCCUUGGAAAGGUUCAUUCAUGCUUUAUUGUUUUACAACAUUGAAUCACAGAGGAUUUAAUUUGCCAUAAACAAGAGAAAAUCUGCAUGGUCUGCUGAGUUCCUCCAGCAUUUUGUGUCGAUUUAAUUUGGCUUUUUUUUUUACACACUGAUGAGAAAAAGACUCGUGUCAAAGUGAAAACAGAUCUCUACAAAGUGAUAUAAAUUAUUUACAAAUAUAAAACGAUUGAUUGCAUAAGUAUUCACCCCCUUCAAGUCAGUAUUUAGAAGCACCUUUGGUAGCAAUUACAGCCUUGAGUCUGUGUAGAUAGAUCUCCAUCAGCUUUGCACAGCUGGACAUUGCAAUUUUUCCCCAUUCUUUACAAAACUGCUCAAGUUCUGUCAGAUUGCAUGGGGAUCAUGAGUGAACAGAUCUUUUCAACUCCAGCCACAAAGUUUUUUUUUAAAGGUUUUCCUCCAGGACUUCCCUGUAUUUUGCUGCAUUCAUUUUACCCUCUACCUUCACAAGCCCUCCAGGGUCUGCUGCAAGUGAAGCAUUCCCAGAGAAUGAUGCAGCCACCACCAUGCUUCACGUUAGGGAUGGUGUGUUUUUGAUGAUAUGUGGUGUUAAGGCUUAUGCUAAACAUAGCAUUUAGUUUGAUGGCCAAAAAGCUCAAUUUUGGUUCAUCAGACCAUAGAACCUUCUUCCAGCUGACUUCAGAGUCGCCCACAUGCUUUCUGGCAACUCUAUCCAAGAUUUCAUGUGAGUUAUUUUUCAUCAGUGGCUGUCCCUUUUCCAUUCUCCCAUUUCAACCACUGGGGCUUGUAACUCCUCCAGGAUUGUCAUAUGUCUCUUGGUGGCCUCUCUCACUAGUUUCCUUAUUGCAUGGUCACUCAGUUUUUGAGGACGACCUGCCCUCAGCAGUUUUACAGCUGUGCCAUAUUCUUUUCAUUCAUUGAUGAUUGACUUAACCGUACUCCGUGAUAUUCAGAUACUUGGAAAGUUUUUUUAAAACGCAGACACAAGGAAAUCUGCAAAUGCUGGAAAUUCAAGUAAUACACACAAAAAAUACUGGUGAAAGCAGCGGGCCAGGCAGCAUCU